CAUCAACAUUCAACUAUCACAAAGAAAAACUAUUCUCAUCCAAAACCAAAACACUUCAAAAGUAAAAACACAUAAGAUCUUAAAAAUGGAUCAUUUUAUGUUUAAUUCUAAUGAAGAUAUCUUAUCACGCCGAUGCGUAUGGGUAAACGGUCCGGUGAUUGUUGGCGCUGGACCGUCCGGACUAGCCGUAGGAGCAUGUCUUAAAGAACAAGGAGUGCCAUUUGUAAUCCUAGAAAGAGCGGAUUGCAUUGCCUCACUUUGGCAAAAACAUACCUAUGAUAGGCUAAAAUUACACCUUCCUAAACAAUUUUGUCAGUUACCCAAAAUGCCCUUCCCUAAAUCAUUCCCUAAAUACCCUACUAGAAGACAAUUUAUUGACUACCUUGAAUCCUACGCAACCCACUUUGACAUUAACCCACAUUUUAAUGAGUGUGUCCAAUCCGCCAAAUAUGAUGAAACAAUGGGCCUUUGGAGGGUUAAGACUACGGGGUGGGCGCCAGCCCGACACGAAGUUGAGUAUAUUUGUCGUAGCCUCGUGGUGGCUACUGGAGAAAACGCUGAAUGUGUCCGCCCAGACAUCAACGGGCUGGCACAUUUCGACGGGAAGGUUAUUCACUCGAGCGAGUAUAAAUCUGGCGACGCUUUUCAAGGCCAAAAGGUCCUCGUUGUCGGAUGUGGAAAUUCGGGCAUGGAAGUCUCUCUCGACCUAUCUAACCACAAUGCAAAACCGUCUAUAAUUUGUCAAAGCUCGGUACAUAUUCUUCCUAGAGAAAUAAUGGGAAAAUCAACAUUUGAGUUGGCAAUGCUACUAAUGAAGUGGGUCCCACUUUGGUUGGUAGACAAAAUGUUGUUAUUAUUCUCUUGGUUAAUAUUUGGUGACAUACAAAAGUUUGGGCUAAAAAGGCCAAAAGUGGGCCCACUUGAGCUAAAGAACAAGGAAGGAAAAACACCAGUAUUAGACAUUGGUGCCUUAGAAAAAAUUCGAUCAGGAAAAAUAAAAGUUAUUGAAUCAGAAAUUAAGAGUUUUAAUUCCAAUGGAGUUUUUUUCAUGGAUGGAAAUUCAAUGGAGUUUGAUGCAGUCAUUUUGGCCACUGGGUAUCGUAGUAAUGUUCCUUCUUGGCUUCAGGAUAGUGAAUCAUUUAACAAGAAUGGAUUUCCAAAAACCCCAUAUCCAAAUGGAUGGAAAGGAAGGAAUGGAUUAUAUGCCGUUGGAUUUACAAGGAGAGGCCUUGCUGGUGCUUCAUCUGAUGCCAUCAAAAUUGCUCAAGAUAUUGCUAAUGUUUGGAAACAUGAAACUAUUCAAUAUAAACUUCCACUUUUUAAUCAAAUCCCAAAAAAUAAAAAAAAUUAAAAAUAAAAAAAAAAUGAUCAUAUUCGAGAAAGUUAAUUGGAAAAAAAGCAAAUUAAAAAUGUGACUUGAAUAUGAAUAUUAUAAAUCUGACGUCUUUUAAAUAAACAACCCGAACAAUACGUAAAUAUUACUAUGACAAAAGAAAGAGUAUAGAAUAGUGAGAAAGGUAGUAAGAUUGGGAGCCCUCUCGGAAAGCUAGAAGCCCAAAGUUUUGACCUUACUAUUUUUGGGUAUUUUAUGGUGUACUUUUAGGAUGAAGAGGCUUUUUUUUUUUUUUUUUUUUUUUUUUUUUUUUUUUGCUUCUUUCAUUCUUUUUUUGGUAUGUAAUAGAAUAUCUCCUUGUAUAAUUGCUACAU